AUCACAGCAAGAGGCAAGCCAAGAAAUGCGCACGGGUGCAUUAUGCAACCACGAGAAGCCUCUCCGGCUCCUGAGUCCUUUGUUGCCUUCUGCAGAGGAGCUUGCAUUGAAUCAUGAUUUAGACAGAGCUCGCCCGCACAAGAGAGGGCCAAAGACGGACUCUCUGACUCUCGCAAAGGACAUUCGCCAUGGAGCUUCUGCAGCAGUACCUGGAAGCAUCGCACCACUUUGUCUCAGCCCAAAGCGUGACUGUUCUGAUCGGGCUUUUAACAAUUCUGCUCUUCUCCGUCCGCAUAUUUGUUCCUACAAAGGCGGCCCGCGCGCUCCGCAAGGUUCCUGGGCCGCCUUCUUAUCCUAUUGUAGGAAACCUGGUUGAGCUCUUCAGCAAAGGGUAUCAUGAAUGCCACAAGGAAUGGUUGAGGACUUAUGGCUCAAUGUAUAAGUAUGUGAUGGGGGACACGUUGCUGGUUGUGUCAGACCCUGAUAUUGUGCAGCAGGUGGGGGUGCGGAUGUUCAAGACGUUCCACGACCGGCCGAUGCCAGGUUUUGUGGAUGAGGAGCGUGCCGGGAAGGCGCUCGUCUUUAGCAAGGGCCAAUACUGGACGGGCGUGCGCAACGCAGUGCUCCCCCUUUUUCACACCGCAAAGCUGCAGCACUUUGGCCGUACCAUGCACGAAUGCGCGGAGCAAUUGGUGGCGCGACUCGAGAAAGCGGCUGCAAACGAGGAGCAAGUCAACUUGCUGGAGUGGGCGGGGGCGAUGACCAUGGACGUGUUGGGGUCUUCUGCCUUUGGGGUUACUUUCAACAGUCAGGUCGGCGAAAAGACCGACGGCCUUACCCUGACAAAAGCCGUGAGCGAAAACCUCAACAACAUCGCGAAAUUGCGCAUCAGUACUCUCCUGGCGAUCCUCUUCCCUCCCCUCCGGAAGCCCGCGCAAUGGAUGAUGUUACGGAUCCCUGGGUCGGCCGAUUACGUCCAUAGGCAACGGACCGCGUAUAUACUGCGGGAGAGCCAGAAGAUCAUCGAGGCGCGACGGAAAGUGAGAGAGAGGCUGACGUGGCGGCUUCUGAGGUUGCUGACGUGUCCCGUGCAGGAGGCUGACGUGGCAGAGACCCGGCACGACUUCCUGAGCAUGCUGACGCAAGCCCGGAACAAGACGACAGGGGAGCCGCUUUCGGACAAGGCGAUCCUUGCGCUCGUGUUUGAAUUCCUCAGCGCGGGGACGGAUACGACCGCAAAUACGCUCAGUUUCGCCGUGUUCUGUUUGACCAACAACCCGGCCGCCGAGCAAAAGAUGUGCCGCGAGAUCCGCGAGUUUUACGAGAAGCUCGAGAAGGAAGGAGUGGCGGAUAGCGAGUUCCGCCCGACGUACGACGAACUCGCCCAGUUUCCGUACGUCGAGCAGGUUGUCCAGGAGACGUUACGGCUCUUCCCCACGGGAGCCGUCAUUUCGCGGCAGGCCUCCCAGGAUUGCCACGUGGCGGGCAUCCACCUACCCAAGGGCGUCAAUGUCUUGAUUCCGGUCUACGCCAUGCACCACAACCCGGAAGUUUGUCCCGACCCAGACGCGUUCCGCCCGGAGCGCUUCGAUCCGGCGGAAGUCGCAGGAAGGCACCCGUACGCCUUCAUCCCGUUCGGGCUCGGUCCACGAAUGUGCAUUGGGCACCGCUUCGCGAUGGAGGAAGCAAAGCUCGCGCUCAUUCGGCUUUACAAGAGACUCACCUUUACGGUAAUUAACGAGAAAAUCUUGCGGCCCGACGGAAAGUUAGAUCUUCAAGUAGGGAUUGUGCUGAAACCAAGGAACGGCAUGUGGGUUGUGCCGCAAGUACAGAGUAAGUGAAGCUGCCGCCCUCGGGUUGCGCCGUUAUACUCUUUGAAUCAUAGUAGGGUGUAUAUUGAGGACAUCUGCGGUCGUUCGAGAACCGGGUGCUAUGCAUGUAUUGUACCAAGAUAGAUAGACCAGUUGCUCGAGAUUUGUACCAUCCUUUGAAUCCAGAUGGGACCAAUGGACUGGCAGACAGUCGGACGUAUUUGUUCUUGAAUUCUUCUUGAGAAGUGAAAGAGGCUGUGACAUGGUCGGCCGCAUCGG